AUGUACGUUAUCAACCCAGCGCCGGCAUCACAGGACAUACAGCCCACCGCCAGCAGCUACGUGACCGUCCACCAUCCGGGUAGUCGCGAAUCGAUUGAACUUGAACAGCAGCAGCACAAAGAAAUUCUCAGCCAAAUACUGACAAAAUGCAAUGCCGACAUGUCGGAGCAGGUGGCCAAUUUUAGCUGCCCUGAUGAGAAGACUCCCCAUCGACCAACCGCGACCGUGGCGAAGGACGGUACAAAGCCACCCACAUCACCUACAUCGGCACGCCCAUCAAUCGCAUCACCGCGUGCUGAAGCAGAAAGGCACGACAGUAUAAAGCCAGCGCCUGAACCCAGUUCGUCGUCGUCGAAAGCACCUGUAGGCGAGGACGAUACAGCACGGCAUGGCAAAGAUGGUGAAGUCCGGUCGCCUCCUCCCACAGUGAAACGGAGCACAUCACCCGACAGUUCACCCCUUUCGACGGCAAGCUCUUCCAAUGCGGCUUCCCUCUCGCCAGCGUCAUCAGAUGGACCGUCGAAACCACCGGUGAAGUUGGAACCAUCGACUGACACACUGGCACCCGCGACCAACUUUUCCAGCGUAGUGCAUCCGAAAGAACGAGCUCUUAAGUCAAUUGCAGCAGCAGCAGCUUCAAAUGAACGGAACAGCGUGGUGAACGGUGGCAAUGCUACGGCGAAGUCAUCCACCAAAUUUGCCGGAACAGGACGGACCAUGUUAAAUGGCACUAGCAGUUUUCCCACCGGUACAGCGGCCAGCAUCGGGGCGGGUACGGCAUCUGGCGGCAGAUUACAGUUUUUUAAAGAUGGGAAAUUCAUCCUGGAACUGGCCCGUGCGCGAGAAGGUGAAAAAACCAGCUGGAUUUCUGUGCCGCGUAAAACAUUCUGGCCACCAACUGUUUCCUCCACCAGUGCCAACUUUCACAAGCACGAAAGUUCUACUUCUCUCAGCUUUUCCGAUGAUAACAGCUCCAUCCAGUCCUCGCCCUGGCAGCGGGACCAUUGCUGGAAACAAUCGAAUCCUCGCCCGAACAUUUCGAAGGAACUUUCACUUUACUAUUUUCGGCCGUUGAAAGCUCGUGGUAGACCAUCUCAAGAUACUCGUUUACGGUGGCGCCGGAAGCGGCGUCGUCCUUACGAGCCAAAUCUUCCCCCGGAACGCACAUCGAAGGUUCAAUUGAACGCAGCGGUAGAAUCAGAAGUUGUGGAAAAUGGCAACAAUGAAUGUAAGAAGAAGGAAACCAAACCGUCAACGGAUGAAAAUGGUGAAGUUCUCGACUGUCACUCCGAGGUGUCUAAUGGUACUACACCGAUGGAUACUUCUGAGGUAACCCAAGAGAAUAAAGAAGAUGAAAGUGGUGUGCAAAACCCGAAGAGAACGACUCCAAAGGGUCAGAUGGAGGAUGAUUGUGAUCAAAGUAAUGGUCAUCAUCUGACGCCUAAUGUGACACAUUUUCGUGCAUCGCGUUGGAAACGUUCAGGCGGGAAAGAGCUAAGUGCUAUCAUCAAAACUCUGAUUGAGCAGCAGCAAACAAAGGUCACCAACUCUAUGACUUCCCCAGCUGGGGGAGGAUCUGCGGUGGGUCCAUUCCGUCUCGGAACGAUAGCGGAACGCGGAAGCAAUAGUGGGACUAGCUUCCGCAGUUCUGUAUUCUCGAGUUCUGCCGCUUCGCAGCAUGUUUCGCCACGCAAAAGAAUUCUUCGCGAAUUGGAGAAGGUUUCGCUCGACGACGUUGGAAGUAGUGGUACGAGUAGUACCAAAAGAUCUCGCCCGAAGUCAGGGUCCGCCGUAGGAACGCCCGUAAUUGUGACGGCAACAACUGCAACGCCCCUGUCGACACUGACGACAAAUGGUACGGGAAGCUCGUUGAACGGUAGUAGCAGCAGUGGUAGUAGCAGCAAUAGCAACAGUAGCAGUAAAACAAACGGUCACCUAAACGGCUCUGGAUCGAUUGUAAAUGGUACAACUGGAGGUCCUGGAAAACAGUCGUUGAACGGUGCGGGAAGUAGCUUGUCUCCUGCAUCAAAAAAUGCUACCGCAGCUCCGGCCCCUGUGUCGAAACCAUUUAGCAGCUAUAGCAUAACCUCACUUUUGGGCCACAGCACAAGUUCCAGCAGUGGCGAAUCCUCUUCCUCGGCGAACUCUUCCUCGUCUGAUGCGCUGCAACGCAAAGCGGACGUAUCGGUGGCAUCGGUCACAUCAACAGCUAGUCAUCAUCAUUAUCACCAUUCGCAACAUCCACUGUCACCACACCAACAGUAUCAGGGACUGACAAUUGGGUCCAAGUCACCAGUAAUGACGGAUGCCGUACAUCAUGCUCAUUAUCAGGGACAACUGGGAUCGAACCGUUAUGGUUACAACAACAAGAAACGAUCACCCAGCUAUGGAGGUGGAAAUGGUACUGCAGCAUCGCCAGAGGCUACCUCUGGAGGAAGUGGUAGUGUAGACCCGUACAGUAAUACGAUCCGGUCCCCAGAUCUGAGUCCUAGUCCCGAGCAUCAUCAUACUCAUCAGCAGCAUUCUCAUCACUCCGCUCACCAACCGCCCCACGGGUUCCAUCAUACACCGGGAUCGGUUUCCAACAGUGGUUUUUCACGCUACCGUCAACAUCCGUACGGUGGCAGUCCAAGCAGUUAUUCCUCCGCGCCAUCAUCUUCUCGGUUUUCCCCUUCCCCUAGUACGAACGACUCAGCGACAACGCCGCCCUAUUCAGGAUCUGUGUCUGGGGGAGUAUCGGGGGGUGCACGAUCUGCGAUUUCCUACAGGGCUGGGUACCAUUUAAGUGGAAAUGGCAGUCAAGGUCAUUCCCCUCCUGCUAGUAACGGAUCCCCCCAACAUUAUUCCCGUGCAUCACCCUUGAAUUUUGGAAGAGGAGCACAUCAUUCCCCUCCACCGCCUGCGGGAUCGCAUCAUCAUCAACAUAAUCGUACUGCCGGUACAUCCUCUUCAUCGCCCCGCGCUUCCCCAAAUGGUGGUGGUGUCACAACAAGUCACGCUACUACCCCAACGUCUGCCAUGGCAUCGUUGACGACUGGUACGGCCAUACGAACGGUGCCGAAGAAGACGGCCGCUCUGAGGCAACCAUUCUCCGGUGGUCUUUCACCUUCCUCUUCAUCACCAUCCCGUGAGCGUUCUAAUUCGAACGCUUCCAGCUCGUCAGUUAAGAAAGAAUCGCAACCCGAAGGGUCUGAUUCAGUUGAUGGGUCAUCUUUAGGCCACCACUACGGUGCAACACCGUCAUCGCCCGCGGGAGUAAUUAGACCGAAUACGGUGAUAGCAUCGCCAACUGCGCAUCAUCCGGUUGCGAGUCCUUACUAUCCACUGUACCAAACUCAGUUAUCUGCAUCUUCAUCCUCGCCAUCGAUGAAUGCUACGGCUGUAGCCGUUGCUGCCGCAGCCGCCGUCAGUGCCGUACCGUUUCACGCGGCUUCACUUUCAUACUACCAGCAAAUGUACACAGCAGCCACGAUGGGCUUUCGCACUCCAUUUUGGAUGCACUACCAAGGGCUCCCGGGGGUAGCUCCACAUGCUCCCCACAUGGUGCAGUCACCGCACCAUCAUCUACCAUCACCUUCUUCGGCUGCGCCAACAAUGCAACUAGCCGAUCGGCGUAUUAUUGAGCGGAAUCCACCGUCACCACCGCCUACAGCAUCUGCUUCGUCGAUCACAGAACCAUCGGAAUCGCACCGACUACAACAUUCCAAUCUAGCCACGCCGAGCACGACAGCAGCAGCACUUAACUACAGUGUUACUGCGCUUUCGUCAUCCUCACGGGACAUCAUCAAUGGUGGAAGUGCUUUUUCUUCACCAAGCGGACCUAAUUGGCCAACAGAUGCCCUAGGCUAUCACCAUCACCCUGAUCUUUCCUCUCGGUCGUCUGUGGCAGCGUCGGGGGUAACGUCGGCAACCGCCAAAGAUGAGCCCAGCAAUGGUGAGUGCCAGCAAGGACUGCGAUCAUCAUACGUCCCCCUGAAUCUGUCCAAACAUUAG